AGGGUCACUGCUUAGAAUCGAUUUCAACGUCAACCGGUGUGGUGCGUGGUGUGGACAAAAUGGUGCGAUAAUGUGUCUUUUAAUAUAAUAAACACACGACACAGAGAGAGGUGUAAUGUGAGUGUUUCUUGCAGUGAUCAAAGCAAUAAAAUUUGGUCUAUAAAGCAAUAAAGGAGCAUGAAUUUCAAGUGUCCACUGUGCGAGUCGUUGUUCGACACACAGGAUGACCUUGGUGAGCACGUGAAAGAGGAACACACGGCGUACUACUACGACACCUAUCUGUUGGUGCCGAUGGUGCUGAAUGACCUCGCGACGAUUGGAACGACCACCACCACCGUGCUUACCACUCCACCAACUCUUUCGGCACCCGAUGGGGCUGAAGCAGAUACGGAUGGAUGUUGUUGCUGCUGCGGAGACGAUGCCGGCGGUGACGACGAUCUGUGCGGUUGUGGAGAAAUGUGUGACAUGUGCGGCUGUGGAGGUUGCUGCGGUUGUGGUGGGCUUUGCGGCGACUUAUGCGACUGUGGCGAUUGUUUCGGGUGCGGCGAUUGCAUCGGCUGUGCGGACUGUCCGGAUUGCUGUUCGUUCGAUUGCUCCAUAAUGUGAGCCAAGGUUGGUUCCGUUUUUUAAACGAACAACUACCGUCCAUCGUGGCCACCGGCUGCUCAAUAUCCGUUAACAAGUGUACUUUAAAACUGUGCCGUGUGUAUCUGUUGAAUUAAAACGCUCGAAACGAAUGUGCCAAAAGAACGUGAGACCUUAUAACGUUCGAUCUGUGCAGUAGCAAUAGGAUGAUAUGUUGCCAGCUUGACGGAUUGACGACUUCUAGAAGUGGGUUAUAUUUUGUUCUUACGUAGACUCUUAGCUUUUUGUGUACAGUAAACGUGGAAAGAGGGAAACGAUCGAUAUUGUAACGCGCACGUGUUUAACGGGUUUGUCGCUAGACCGCUUAUCGAUACGCCAAACAAUUUCUUCACUACAGCCUUCCCUGCUGUGUUCAGUAUUUUUAGUGUAUUUUAUACGUCAAAUGUUUACACGAAAAUAUAGAUAAGAUUAUCUUGGAACGUGUCGGAGUA